GUUGCAAGCAGUGCAGAAUAUAACGGUGUAAAACUUGGUACUUUACGAAAUGAGACGCAUGGCUUGGAAGCAGAUGUAUGGAUUGUUAAUAAAACCGCAUUGCAGCUCACCAACUUCAGAAUUAAUAAUGCAAAGGAUGGUCCUGGUUACAGUUUAUAUUUCUCAAAAUUGGAAGAAGUAACAAAAGCAGCGAAUGUUUACAAAAUAAUCAGCAGCUCAGCGGCUGAGUUUUCGAAGCCAAUCGAAAAUAUAUUUGGCGAAGGCAAACUAGGAGAUCACAUUGUUGUUACCGUCCCGGAUGGUUAUUCAAAUUGGAAGCAUUUUGGUGUAGCUGCAAUAAAAAAUUGGGUUACUUGCCUCUACAAGCUCUAA